UUUGAAAACGGUACAGUUAAUACUGUCAUGUGACACAAUGUACAACAUAUCCUCGUUGUUUAGCGUUACUUUUUAUAAUUAGUUUUUAACUCUUCGGGGUUCGUCCUUUUUGUCCGCUCCGAGCGCCCGUCGCGCCACACACCGUUCCGCUUGACGGCAGUCUCCCCCAGCAGGCUGCCGGGACCCGGAGAUGAACUCCCUGGAGCAGGCCGAAGACCUGAAGGCCUUCGAGAGGAGGCUCACGGAGUACGUCUCCUGCCUGCAGCCGGCCACAGGCCGCUGGAGAAUGAUCCUGAUCGUGGUGUCUGUCUGCACGGCUACUGGGGCGUGGAACUGGUUGAUCGACCCGGACACGCAGAAGGUCUCUUUCUUUUCAUCGCUGUGGAAUCAUCCCUUCUUCACCAUCAGCUGCAUCACUCUCAUCGCCCUCUUCUUCGCUGGGAUACACAAACGGGUCGUGGCCCCUUCAAUCAUCGCCGCCCGCUGUCGAACCGUUUUAGCAGAAUACAACAUGUCCUGUGACGACACGGGGAAGCUUAUUCUCAAGCCUCGGCCGAACAUCCAGUGACCUCUGAGAGGCCUCUGACCCCUCUGGAGUCCUUCGGUGGUCUGAAGCUCGCCGAGCAGGACGGUCGUCACAGUGGAAGAGAGAAGUCGUGAACUUUUAAAUGUGUCACUGUGAUGUCAUGAUUGAAGAUGAGAGCUCAGAUCUGUUUAUUUCCGUUUCUGAUGCUGAGCAUGUAUUUUAACAAAAUGUUUCUAUUUUUUAACAUUAUUUACCUAAUAAAUACCUAAGUUGUAAAAACUG